GCCAAGCAAACAUGCUGCUGCUGGUAGUGCUGGUGGCCACAGCCUCUUGGUCUUAUGGAUUUGCACAGGAAAUUCCCGUGCAGAGUCCUAUAUCCAUCACCAAGUUCCAAAAAAGUGCACGGAUGACAUGUGAAAUUCAAAUAUUAGAGGCAAAUUUUGAUGGCACCAUCAUACACUGGUAUAAGCAGAAGGAGGGUGAAGCUCCGGAGAGGCUUCUGUUUUUUUCAGGACACAAAGUUACUGUUGAAAGAGGCUUUCAAGCAGACAGAUACAUAGUUGAAGGAAGUUCUGUCCAGAAGCGGUGUGUUCUUACGAUAAAAGAUGUAAUUCCAGAUGAUGCUGCUACUUACUACUGUGCCUACUGGGACCCUCACUUGGGUUAUUACCACAAGGUCUUUGGCUCAGGUACAAAGCUCGUAGUCUCAGACAAAGCAAGUUCUCCACCAGCAAACUCUGAAAUCCUGCAGAAAAAGCUUGAAAAUCAGACAACAUAUGUUUGCCUUAUUGAGAAAUUCUACCCAGAAGUUAUUAGGGUGACAUGGACUGAUGAUGAAAAGGAGGUAACAGACAAUGUAGUAAAAGGUGAUGCUUGGCAGUCUGCAAAAGGUGAUGAUGACUACUCAAUUGCCAGUUGGUUAACUGUGCCAGCAGAGAAUAAAGACAAGAAAUACUACUGCAAAUAUGAGCAUGAAGAGCAACAGGCUUCACUGUCAACACAAGAUUUUAUGAAGACUUCUUCUCAGGAAGAGGACUGCGGAAAAGUUUUUAAUAGAGAUCAGUUAAUGCACAGGACAGCAUAUUUAGUAUACAUCAUCCUUCUUAUGAAGAGCUCCAUGUACUAUCUUAUCCUACUCUUCUUCAUCUACAAAAUGUGGGCUUCAAACAAGCACCCAGGAAAGAAAGCAUGAAUGCUGUUGUAAGAAAGGGUUGCAAAUUGAUCCUGGAUUUACUUUGCUGUAUGCUUAUCCUUGUAGA